GAAGAGACGACGGAGAAGCGAAAGAUACACAGAAGAGAGCCACGAUGCUUCCCUUCGCAAUUCUCAAACUCAAACUCACCGCAUACUCGACGCAACAAACAGCGAGGAAGGAGAGUGAAAAGAAACACCAGUGGGACCUACCGAAUUUGUCUUCUCAAGAUACGGCGAACGACACCCCCAUUGCGUCCGGUUAAACAGUAACCGCCAUUACCAUUGCCGUGCCCGUCGACCUCUUCGCCCCCAGAAACUCAACAGUGCAAGAGAGUAUCUCUUACCUUUGAACUUUGAACCAGGCCAUAGAAGCGUUUCCGAGGAAGCCGGACUAUCAUCAAUCAAUCCCUUAGCACUGCGCCUUCGGGAAGCUAUCCGGCGCUUUCCUUUUGCUCACUCCCAGAUAUAUGAACCGGGGAGAACUUCAUCUUUCAGCAGUAUGGUGACUGCUUCAACGAAGACACCUGCGAACAUGCUCGAAAGUCCAGCGGAAGUCGCACCAGGCGUCACAUUUGCCGCCCUGGUGGAAUCCUCCCCGCAAGGCAUCGUAGUCUACGAUGCCCUCGGCACCAUCCACUACUGGUCCGCCGGCGCAACAUGCAUCUUCAAAUACAGCAAAGAAGAGGCUGUCGGGCAAAACUUUGUCUCACUGAUCUGCCCACCCACCCACGAAGAGAAAGCACGACAGGCGCAAUUAAGCGAUCUGAUCAAGAGCGGGCGGAACAUCGUCGUGCCCGUUAGCGCCAAAAACGGCCUCGAGUUUCCGGUCCGGGUGCACACGGUCCCCAUUGGCGAGCAGUACGUCACCUACGUCUCGCUCAUCGAGUCCAAAGAGGCCGCGAUGAUCCUCAGAAGCAACUACACCUACGCGCUGAAAGACGUGGAGGGCAGAUAUACGGACGUCAGCGACACCUUCGCGACGCUCGUCGGCGUGCCCCGGUCCGAGAUGAUCGGCAAGCGGGAUCUCGACUAUUUUGGCGAGAAAGUGUGGGCGUACCUCCGCCCUGACGACGUGGCGGCGAUGAAGGGGAAGAAGAUGGUGGUCUCGGAGGAGCAUGUCGAGAUGCCGGAUGGGAAUACAAAUGUGUAUUUUGUGUGCAGGGUGCCCGAGAUUGAUCAUGCGACGGGCGAGUGUGUGGGGUUGGGCGUUAUUGGACAUGAUAUUACGGAGUAUGUACGCACCCGCGAGAGGGCUUCGGAGUUGGAGAAGGCGCAAUUGAAGUUGAGCGAGCAGCUUGCGCUGCAGUCUAGUCAAAUGAAGUCGAACUGGAUGGCACGCAUGAGCCAUGAAGUUCGAACCCCUAUCAACGGAAUCAUGGGUCUCAACGAUCUACUUCUCGGCACCCGUCUGGACAACGAACAAAGAGACUAUGCGCAGGAGGUCGAACGCUCCUGCCGCGCACUCACGCUCAUCGUCGAUGAUAUCCUCGACUUCUCCAAAAUCGAAGCCGGCCGCGUAACCCUCGACGUCCUCACCGUCGACCUGCACGAAUUCCUCCGCGACACCGCCGCCAUCUUCCGCCCACUCGCCCACCAAAAGAACCUCACCUUCACAUGCACCACCACGCCGCUCGCACCACCCCACACGCCCUUCGUCAAAAUCGACCCAUUACGAUUACGCCAAUGCCUAUCCAAUCUCGUCGCCAACGCCAUCAAGUUUACAUUGCACGGCAGUGUCGUGGUGGAUACGCGACUCGCGGACGGGAUGCUGGUGUUUGAAGUGCGGGAUACAGGGAUUGGAGUCGAGGAGGAGACGGUCAAGUGUAUCUUUGAGCCGUUUACGCAGGCGGAGGGGUCGACUACACGGAGGUUUGGAGGGAGUGGGUUGGGUCUUACGAUUGCGAAGGAGCUGGUGGCGCUUAUGGGUGGGGAUAUCACCGUUCUCAGUUCGGUGGGGAAAGGCAGCACUUUCACGUUACGGGUGCCGUAUGUUGAGGGGGUGGUGCCGAAGGGAGCUGAGGACGCACCGAAUGGGGUGACGGAAGCGAAUGGAGUCGCAAAUGCGACUGCAAACGAGACUGCAAACGAGGCGAAGGGCAGUACUGCGGACACGCCGGGUCAUACAAAUGGAUUUGCCCACGCGAAUGGGACCGGCGGUCCGACGACGGAAGCGAAACCUGAAACACAGGCCAAACCACGCAGGUUGAGAAGAGGCAGCUCGUCUGGAAGCGUUACGGGAUUGUCGAUUUUGGUCGCUGAGGAUAAUCCCACGAACAUUAAAAUCAUAACCCGCGUCCUCACCAACCUCGGCCACACCCCCACCAUAACCACCAACGGCCUCGCCUGCCUCCAAACCCUCCAAUCCUCCCCACCCCACACCUUCAACCUGAUCCUCAUGGACAUCUCGAUGCCGAUCAUGGACGGCUACACCUCAGCAACCCACAUCCGGGCGCUGCCGGCGCCGUGGAGCGAGGUUGCGAUUGUCGCGGUGACGGCCAAUGCGUUGCCGGAUGAGCGGCAGAGGUGUCUUGGCGUCGGGAUUGAUGAGUAUGUGGCCAAGCCGGUGGGGAGGAAGGGGUUGGAGGAGGUGUUGGAGAGGUGGGGGAGGGGGCGGGGGAGGGGUUGGAGGAAGUGUAAGGAGGUUGGGGUGGUGGAGGACGAGCCCGGGGAGGACGGGAUGGUGGAACGGAUGAAGGCGAUGGGGGUUUGA